UAUAACCAAGCAAGCAACAACUGCCCACAAUUGUGCUUUUCUCUUCUGAAAAGAAUCUCUUGCUUUCGCAGCUAGCAUUGCUCCCAUAUCUCCCGUAGCCUCUCUCCUUCACAUGAUUCAAUAGAAACCCAUUGCUAAUCAAUUAUGGAAGUAGAAAUACAAUCACAUACUACCAGCACAGCCAUUACACAAGAUAAGCUAACCCAAAACCGAGAACCCGCUACGCAAACCCCACCAAAUAUGACUCAAGAACUCCCUAUCACCACCAUCAAAUUACCAAAGAAGCUUACUCUCGUCCCUCUCAUAUUCUUAAUCUAUUUUGAAGUCGCUGGUGGCCCUUAUGGUGAAGAACCUGCUGUCCAGGCUGCAGGCCUUCUGUAUGCUCUUCUUGGUUUCUUGAUAUUUCCUUUUAUAUGGUGUAUUCCUGAGGCUAUGAUUACAGCUGAGCUUUCCACAGCAUAUCCUGGAAAUGGAGGAUAUGUAAUGUGGGCUGAUCGUGCUUUUGGUCCCUUUUUUGGAUCCUUGAUGGGGGCUUGGAAAUUCCUGAGUGGUGUCAUUAAUAUCGCUUCUUUUCCAGUCUUUUGCAUAUUAUAUUUGGACAGGGUACUCCCUGUGUUGGAUUCAGGUUGGCCUCGAGGCAUUGCAAUUUUAAUUUUAACACUAGUUCUAUCUUUUCUCAACUAUACUGGAUUAACCAUAGUUGGGUAUGCUGCUGUUGUACUUAGUAUAGUUUCUCUUUCUCCUUUCAUAAUCAUGUCCUUCAUGGCAAUCCCCAAGAUUCAUCCCCAUAAAUGGCUCAGUUUAGGCCAAAAAGGUGUGAAUAAAGAUUGGACUUUGUUCUUCAAUACCCUUUUUUGGAACUUCAAUUUCUUUGAUAAUGUCAGUACUCUAGCUGGAGAAGUGGAUAAACCUCAGAAAACAUACCCUUUGGCUCUGUUUGUGGCUGUGAUAUUCAUUUUUGUGUCUUAUUUGAUUCCUCUCUUUGCGGUGACUGGUGCUCUUUCCGUAAAUCAAAGUGAAUGGGAGUCAGGAUUCCAUGCCACUGCAGCAGAGAUGAUUGCAGGGACAUGGCUCAAAUAUUGGAUUGAAAUUGGUGCUGUAUUAUCUGCUAUAGGUAUGUAUGAGGCUCAAUUGAGCUGCUACACCUACCAGCUUCUUGGUAUGGCUGAUUUAGGAUUUGUGCCUACCUUCUUUGCUAAAAGGUCUAAAUGGUUUGAUACUCCUUGGGUAGGGAUUUUGCUUUCAACUUUGAUCACAAUUGGGGUAUCAUUCAUGGAUUUUAUUGAUAUUAUUUCAUCAGCUAAUUUUCUGUAUAGUUUAGGUAUGUUAUUGGAAUUUGCAUCUUUUCUUUGGUUGAGAUGGAAAUUGCCAGAAUUGAGGAGACCGUACAGGAUUCCAUUGAAGCUGCCAAUAUUGGUGCUAAUGUGUUUGAUACCAUCUGGGUUUUUAGUCCUGACGAUGGUUUUUGCUCCUAAAACAGUUUGUUGGGUCAGUGGCAUCAUGACUGUGGGAUCCAUUGGAUGGUAUUUGCUUAACAAGUUUUGCAAGUCAAAGAAGUUGCUUAAGUACAGCAGUGGUGAAUCUGCUGAAUGAUGACAAAAGCCAGAAGAGAUUGUUGAAACAAAUGGAGGGGCUCUUGCACUGAGUUUCCUCAGGAUUAAGAUCCACAAUUUACUCUCUCUAUAUAUAUUGGUCUUUCAUCCUUUGUAUUUAUGUGUAAUUAUUGUGGUAUUAGCAAUUUGGGAUCAUAAUGCCAUAUUAAAAUGAUUGUUUGUGAAA